UCGCCGCCAUGACUACUUCAUCUUGGAUUUCGCGCCUGUUAUUACAUAGAAAUGAGUGCUUGGCAUCAUUUUCGGCCACUCUCUGCAUCUUUAUGGUCGUUUGCUGCGUUGCAUGGUCUUCGCCGGCCCUGCCGAAGCUCCUAAAUCAGCCAAACCCACAGGUAUCAAUAACGCCCGGUGACGGUUCCUGGAUCGCAUCAAUUCAAGCUAUUAGUGGUAUCUUCGGAUUGAUUCUUGCCGGGCUCAUUGUAGACCGAUUUGGACGCAAGUGGCCAUUUAUUGCCAGUGCUCUGCCCGUGAUUGCCGGAUGGACUAUGAUAGCAUUAGGUCGGACGGCGCUGUUAUUGUACAUCGCCCGCUUUCUCUUCGGUAUUUCGUACGGCAUGGCGUAUGGUAUAAUUUCCAUCUACAUCGGGGAGAUCACCUCAGACGAAGUUCGGGGUGCGGCCGCUUCGCUCAUCACCGUACUGGCUAAACUGGCGAUACUGUUCGAAUACUCCGUCGGACCUUACGUUAGCUUCGAGACACUGGCUUGGCUUUCCAUGGUUGGCCCGGUUCUAUUUCUGCUCACAUUCGUGUGGAUGCCCGAGUCCCCGCACUAUCUGCUCGGAAGGGGACGCAUUGCUGAUGCCCGACGCAGUCUACAAUGGCUGAGGCGAACGUCGGCCGUAGAGGAAGAGCUCAACUGUACCCGGAAAUCCAUCGAACGUACGGCCAGCGAACGAGGCUCGAUGAGAGAACUGUUUUUGCCGGCUUAUCGUAACAAUCUCAUCAUAGUACUUAUUCUUACCUUCGGUAUGCAGAUGGCAGGAAUUCAAGCAGUCCUCGUCUACGCACAGACCAUCUUUUCCCAGAUUUCCAGCGAUCUAACCGACGCGCAAAUGUCCAUCGUGCUUGGUGUUGUGCAAAUGGUGACCGUGUCCUUUCCGGUGUUUCUAGUCGAUCGUGUCGGCCGACGUCCGCUGCUACUGUGGUCCAGUGCCGGAAGCUGCAUAGGGCUGCUGCUCGUUUCCAUCUACUUUACGCUCCAGGCGGCCGGCGUGAACGUUGAAAACUUCGGCUGGGUCUCGUUCGUUGGGCUGCUGUUCUUCGUCAUUUCGUACGCCUUCGGGAUGGCCACUGUACCGUUUGCAAUUAUGAGUGAAAUUUUCCCCAAAAACAUUCGAGCCCACGCGAACGCCCUGUUUGGAAUUCUGAGCGGUGUCACCAUAUUUGCCGUGUUGAAAUUGUUCCAGAUAGCGCUUGACAAUGUCGGUGCAUACCUUCCGUUCUGGGUGUUCACCGUUAGCAUUGGGUUGACGUUUGGGUUCGUGUUUCUUUACAUUCCCGAAACCAAGGGCAAGAGCUUGGACGAGGUGCAGGAGAUUAUUGCCGGAUGGCGUAGGAAGAGAGAUCCUUCCAAGGCUGUCUACGUAGAUUAAGGUUGGUCCAAUUUCAAUGUAAGUGAUCUGUACAUGCACAACAUGGUCUGUGCAUCAUAAUUUAAAUCAAUUUUACAUCGGUUUGAGUUUACAUUCUUCAGCUCAAAUUAAAUACAGUUCUUUGAAAUACAAAGCUGACCAUUUUCAUCAGAAAUAAAUGCAUCUUUCAUGCGCUGGCUCAAA